AUGCCAGAGCAAAAUUUUGGUUACAAGUUUUUGAAGCAGGAGGCCGGGGCUACAAUUAACAGAGAUCCCAGCAAUCAAAAUCAGUCACUUAUUUCUAAACCACCUGUUGAGAAUGAGGUUAAUGAUGAUGAUCUGUCAUUAAAUUUAGAAAAUCCUGAAAUUUUAAACGAUAUGCCUUAUUUAGAUAUAAGCGUAACUGAAGUAAUUGAGCACAUGUCUAAUGAGCCAAUAGCUGGAUCAUCGGGCAUACAGAAAGAUGUUAAUGAUUUUUUGGUUGAAACUGUAAGACCUCUACCAAAAGCUCCACCACGAGUACCAUCUAAUCGUAAACGAGCCAGAAAAUCUGCUAUUCUCACCGAUACACCAGAAAAAAUUGCUUUAGAAGAAAAACAUCAUAUUGAAGAACUGAAAAAAAGGAAAAAGACAGAAAAGAACCGGAAUAAAGAGAACAAAAAAAAUAAAAAAGGGUCAAGGCAAAGGUAA